AUGCUUUUCUCUCGUCUCUGGGCGUUUUCAUUCGCCGCAGCCGUAGUGUACGGCCGAAAAUCGGUCGUUCUUGAUCGUCGAAACUCUAUUCCGAUCGAUUUCGUCCACUCGGAUGUCACUCCGGCAGAGCAAAGGCUCAAUCUUCGUAUCAACCUUGCCCAGCGCGACUUACCUGGCCUCGAAACCGUUCUAAAUGCAGCCAGCUUCCCCGAUAGCUCACUCUACGGACAAUGGCUGAGCAAGGAACAGGUGGGGUCAUUUGUGCGUCCUACUGAAGAGACGACAUCUGCUGUUGCACAAUGGCUCGCAGCGCACGGGAUUGCUUCAACACCAUUAACACAUGCUGGAGACUGGGUUUCGUUCACCGUUCCUGUCAGCAAGGCAAAUGAGAUGCUCAACGCGGACUUCAAUAUCUUCACCCAUGUCCCAAGCGGCAAGCAAUCGAUCCGCACUCUCGCGUAUGUGGUCCCCGCUGAAUUGGCCCCACAUAUCAAUCUGAUUGCGCCGACAACAUCGUUCUCGCGACCCAUGCGCGCGGGGCCCAUGUUCACCGCCAGCAACGGGGUGGUCCCUACGCCGGAAGCCCCCCCCCGGCCAGUUGCAACACUAUGA